AUGGGGCUACUCACCAUCAUCCGCAAGACCAAGCUACGGUCUCACGAGUUCCGGUUCCUCUUUCUCGGCCUCGACAAUGCUGGCAAGACGACCAUCCUUAAGAAGCUUCAGAACCAACCGCAGUCCGAGAUCGAAGCCAUCUCACCAACGCUAGGCUUUGCAAUUCAGACCUUCCAAUACCAAGGCUAUCACAUCAACGUCUGGGAUAUUGGCGGUCAGAAGAGUCUCCGCCCUUACUGGAAGAAUUACUUUGAAAAGACGGAUGCCAUCAUCUGGGUGGUCGAUUCCUCCGACACAGCGCGUCUGACGGACUGCAAAGAGGAGCUCGACAAGCUGCUUCAGGAGGAACGCCUGCACGGGGCCACCAUCUUGAUCUUUGCCAACAAGCAGGACCUUCCAGGAGCUCUCUCCGCCGAACAGAUCAAGAAACAUCUCGAUCUCGAUCGAGUGUCCACUCAUAGUUGGCGUAUCCAGCCUUGCAGCGCAUAUACAGGCGACAACCUUGUUCAAGGCCUCGACUGGACCGUCAAGGAUGUUGCAAAUCGCAUCUACUACCACGGUGAUGCCAAGUCCACGCUGAACCAUCCGAUUGAUGCCGCUGCGCAACCGACGCCUACAUGA